AUGCAAUCGGAAUCGAAGUCGCGUAAGCGUGCGCCGCCAGGAGACGAUUGGCUGCCUUCAGGCUGGACAGUGGAGGAAAAGGUUCGAACCUCCGGAGCUACAGCUGGUACCGUCGAUAAGUAUUAUCAUGAACCAGGCACAGGGCAAAGGUUUCGGUCCAGGACUGAGGUACUGUACUACUUGGAACAUGGAACCACUAAGAAAGGCACCAAGAACUCAGACCAUUCUCAAGGCCAAGGAAGCAGCAAGAAAGCCAGCAGGAAAGCUAAAGAGCAGCCUCCACCACCGCCGCCUCCACCAGCGCCGUUGAACUUUGAUUUCGAGAAUCCACCAGAGAAGGUUACCUGGUCUGUGGCGGACGCAGGAGAAGAAGCUUGGACGCCUUUUCUUGGGGAUGUGAAGGUUCAAGAUUCGGUGAGACAAGAUUGGUGUGCUGCGUUUACCGCUGUCACGACCCAAAACCCAAGUAAACUGUCUUGGUGA